AAAAAAUUCAUCUUAAUGCAAUUAUUACUUCAUUCUUAACCGUCUAAUACAAGAAUUUACCUAAAUCAAGAUCAAACCAAUAAGUUCUGAAAUAAAUCUGGUUAAAGAAAAGAUGAUAAAAAAAAAGGAAAUUAAAGCUAAAGAAAGAAGAAACAGGUAAAAGAUUCAAGAACCCAAAAGCAAUUAAUCAAAAGAACAAACCAGAAAUAAACAUUAGUCAAGUGGAAAACUAGCUUUAAUUCCUUCAUCAUUCUUUUUUACAAAAUCUUCUUUUUUUUUCCCGGCAAACUACUUCAUCCCCCUCUUUCAAUGGCUAACAUCUUCGUCUUCUUCUUCAUCUUCUUCCUUUCUCUCUCCUCCCAAACAAUUUCUGCUGCCAAAUUCCGACUAGUAAACAAGUGUAGACACACAGUUUGGCCGGGCUUACUCUCCGGCGCUAACUCCCCUCCUCUUCCGACCACCGGAUUCUCUCUCUCUGCCGGAAAAUCCCGCACCUUCCAUUUCCCAAGAUCCUGGUCGGGUCGACUUUGGGCCCGAACCCUCUGCUCCGGCGAUCCCUCCGCCGGAAAAAUGGUUUGUUUAACCGGAGAUUGCGCCUCCGGUAAACUGGAAUGCUCCGGCGCCGGCGCUAUUCCUCCGGCAACCUUAGCUGAGUUUACUCUCAACGGCGCCGGUGGUCUUGACUUCUAUGACGUCAGCCUCGUUGACGGUUACAACCUUCCUGUACUCGUAGUGCCACGUGGCGGCCGCGGAGGCGAUUGCAGCCCUACCGGAUGUCUCGUCGAUAUUAACCGCGCGUGUCCUAGAGAGCUCAGUGUUGCGGCGGCGCGUGGAAAUGGGAGUGUGAAAGUGAGGUCGAAAACUGCAGUCGCGUGUAAAAGCGCGUGUGAAGCGUUUGGGGACCCACGGUAUUGUUGUAGUGAAGGGUAUAAUACGCCUGACACGUGUCCGCCGUCGGUGUACUCGGUGUUUUUCAAGGAGGCUUGCCCACGCGCGUAUAGCUACGCGUAUGAUGAUAAGACGAGUACUUUCACUUGCGGAAAUGCUGAUUAUAUUAUCGUCUUUUGCCCGCCUCCUUAUACAAGCUUAAAAUUGCUGGGUAAACGAAGAGUAAUGGCAGGUGAACUACCAUUGGUGAACAAAACAAUGAUGUACUUGCAUUCAAGAGGCAGCAAAGUAUCCUCAGGCCGGUAGUGAAGAGAAGUGGGUGUCGUCUUUCGACCCCAUUGUUUUACCCAUUUCCUUUCACCUUUUACCAUCCCUCUUCAAUGCCCUCCUCUCCGAGUUCCUGGCUCAAACAUGCUUGGAAAAGAUGAACAAUUCAAUGUCAUGUAUAAUCUGAAAUACUGCUCAAAUGAAACUGUAUAUAUCAUUUUUCCCCCUUGCCAUAGGCGGCUCAUUUAAGGAGCAUAUUUUAGUUUUUGACAGAAUGUAAUUCCAUGUUGUGCUCAACAAUGUCAGCAAAGAUAUCCAUUCCUCGAAGAACUUUUACUGUUGGGGUUCUUCCCCAGCUGAUCUUAAA